AUGAACUAUUACAUGAACAUAAUGAAAGGACAGUGUGCUUUAGUAAAUGGACUUUUUUAUCUUAUUGUGUUAGCUUUUUUUAGUUCUAAAAGGGGACUAGCUAGCCCUAUUAGAGACAACAGUCCCAUUCUUGGCUAUGCAGACCAGGUACGACUAAGACAUCUCUAUACAGAUAAUGAGCAUACACAUCUACAUCUCCAGAUUACCCCUGAAGGAGAAGUCAGUGGCACCAAAGAGAAGAACCUAUAUAGUCUACUUGAAAUCAAAGCAGUAAAACCAAGUAUUUUGGUGAUUCGAGGAAUGAAAACUACACGUUAUCUGUGUAUGGACUCCAAGCACCACUUAUAUGGAUCGUUGGUUUACAAAGAGGAUGACUGCAAUUUCCGUGAAGUGCCACUAAAAGAUGGAUACAACUUGUAUUACUCAGAAAAGCAUCCUGCUCCACUCACCCUUACUCUAACCAGGGGAGGGCACCAAUCUGGCAAACAUAUGGUCCGUUUCAUGCCAUUGGAGAGCUCUAUUCCUUUGGAAUCCUUGUAUGCAGUAGAUCAUUCUUAUGAACACCAUCCUGGAAGCUACUUAGAUAUAGAAGAUCCUCUAAGCAUGAUAGACAGGUCCAGCAUUUUCAGUCCAAGUUUGGAUUCCUAG